CUUUGUUUAUUUACAUUUUUUACACCCUUUAGAUCCAAUGGAAAUUCGAUACAGUGGAAAUUGACAGCUGUCACUUAUCGCGAAAUUUAAUAAAUUACGUCCAAAUUUGCUUUAAAAUGAGUUUCCUAAUUCGUAGUAUUGCAGCUAGGUCUACUGGAGCUGCAGCUAGAUUAAACACGAGGAAUAUCAGUAGGUCUUCGGUUUUGCGCGCUUCUUUUAAGGUUCAAGAUGACAAGGAUUUUUUGGAAAAGGUGGAAAAUAGUAAAGAACCGGUGAUUGUGGACUUUCACGCCACUUGGUGUGGACCCUGUAAAGCUUUAGCUCCUAGGUUAGAAAAUGUGAUGGCUCAGCGUAAAGGUGAUAUUUGUUUGGCAAAGGUUGAUAUUGAUGAUUUGGGUGAACUAGCGGCUAAAUAUGAGGUUAGCACAAUCCCUGCUCUUGUAGUAUUUCGCAAUGGCAAGGUCGAGGAAAGAUUAAUUGGAUUGCAAGAUGAAGAUAAACUCAAUAACUGGAUAGAUAACAUUUUGAAAAAAUAAAGUUUACUAAAACACUAAUAUUUUGACAUCCAAUAGAAUUUUGUGAUAAUACAAAUUAUUGUAUUUAUUCUAGAUUUUUAAAUUUAUUUAAAUAUUGUAUUUAAAACGAAAUUAUUUAUUUAAAGUGUUUUUAGUGAUUCUGUACAUUGUACUUUGUGGAGUAAAUAAAAUUAUGC